AACUCUUGAAGCCAUCUUCAUUCCUGAACCUCUAUCUUCGUUUUCGUUUCUAAAAGAGCUAAAAUGUCUGUUCAGUGGACCUUGGCUGCCGGUUUUCUUUACUUGGAAAUGGCGUUAUUGCUGUUGAUGUGUUUACCAAUAGUAUCUUCUUCAAGAUGGAGCCGCAUUUUCGAGUCUCACUUUUUAUCGGCAAUUCUUGCUUAUGGACAUUUGUAUUUUACUGUGUUUGUCGUAAUGUUGUCAAUUCUUUUUCUUGAUUCAUUACGAGAAUCUUAUAAAUUUCGUGAUAAUGAUUGGGUCAAGGCUGAUCCAACUGUAAAUCUUCGCACGUCUAAUGAAUUCAAGAUGAGAUUGUUUCGAGCCCAGCGCAACAUGUAUAUAACUGCGUUUGCCCUCUUCUUACUUUUUGUUUUACGGCAAAUAGCAAGGCUUCACAAGCAACUUGCCACAGCCUUGGCAAGCAGCGAGGCAGCUGUGAAACAAGCCAAGGGUGUCAGUGAUCAUUGUGAACAACUGAUGGAAGAAAUUGAAGAUCUCAAGAAAUUAAAGGGCAUCAAGGAGGAAAAAAGCUCAAAAAAAGUUGAGGAUGGUAUUGAAGAUAUAUUGGAGAAAAAGAACGAACUACUUGCUCAGCAGGAAGAAGAAUUGCAUAGCACUCGCAAAGAUCUUGAACAAAUGAAGAAACAAGCAGAAGGAGUAAGCAAGGAAUAUGAUCGCUUGUUGGCUGAACAUGGCAAACUUCAGAAUGAGAUUCAUAACAAAACGCAACAAGAUAAAAAAGAUGAAUAAAACUAAAGGAUCUUUUUUCGAAAAAUUGUAAGUGGACUUUAUCCGAUAUAAUUUACUUGUGAAUACAAGAUAGACGUUUGAAUAUCCAAACUUCUGUUAGUUGCAUCUGAAUUUCUGUUGCAUGCUAGCCAUGAAUCUUUGCAUGUUACUUCUGAAUUUAUAUAUUACUAAUGAAUGGUAAAUGUUACAUGUUACCAGUAAAGGUUGCAUGUUACUAGUGAAGGCUACAUGUUACCACUUAAGGUUACAUGUUACUAAUAAAGGUUGUAUGUUACUAGUAAAGGUUACAUGUUACCACUAAAGGUUACAUGUUACUAAUAAAGGUUGUAUGUUACUAGUAAAGGUUACAUGUUACCACUAAAA